AUGGGUUUGGCCGGGCCCAAGAACAAAACUAAGAUCUCCCAUGAUCCGAACAACACAAAAUGGGCCCGCUCCACGUCCGGCUUCGGACACCGGAUCAUGAGCGCCCAGGGCUGGACCCCAGGUAAUCGCCUGGGAGCCAAAGAUGCUGCACAUGCCGAACACUUGACCUCUGCGAGUAUCUCUCAUAUCAAGGUCACCCUCAAGGACGAUAAUCUUGGACUGGGUGCGCGCGUCGGACGAGAGGGCCAACCCACCGGCUUGGAUGCUUUCAAAGGGUUGCUGGGUCGACUAAACGGCAAGAGCGACACGGAACUUCAAGUCGAACAACGGAAGAGAGAUGACGUUCAGUUGGCUCGUUACGUUGCCCUCAAGUUCCAGGAGGUGCGCUUCGUGCGGGGUGGGCUACUGACCCAGGAGAAACUCCAGCGCUUGCCCGAGACACCCAAGGAAGAGCAGGUGAACAAGAAGACCGAAACCACAUCCAGCGACGAUAACACCGAGUCUGCGACCGAUAAAUCCUCCAAGUCCAAAUCCAAGUCCAAGUCUUCGAAAAAGUCCUCGAAGAAGUCCCGCUCCCAAUCCGACGAGGCAGACAGCUCGUCAUCUGAUAAGAAGAAAAAGAAGAAGUCCAAGAAGAGAAAGGCGGAAGAGGACGAUGAUGAGCCCGAAACCACAACCAAACGCCGGGCCUCUACUCCUGAGGAUAAGCCUUCCACCGAGUCUAAGCCUCCAGUGCCCACGGUUCCCGCCGUUUCACUAGGCGAACGUCGGCCGAUUGGCAGACAGGUGUUCCGUGGGCGACACAUUGCGCAGAAAAAGAGGGCUCUCAUGGACGACAAAUCGCUCAAUGAGAUCUUCAUGGUUAAGGCGUAG